CCGCUCUGCAGCCGCCGGCACCAGGAACUGCGCCGAGCGGAGCGCGCCGGUCCCCGCCAUGUCUGCAGCCAUGAGGCAGAGGUUCGACCAGUUCCUUCACCAGAAGAACUGCAUGACUGACCUCCUGGCCAAGAUCGAGGCCAAGACCGGCGUGCACCGCAGCUUCAUCGCGCUCGGUGUCAUCGGCCUGCUGGCUUUGUACCUGGUGUUCGGUUAUGGAGCCUCUCUCCUCUGCAACCUGAUAGGAUUUGGUUAUCCAGCCUACGUCUCAAUUAAAGCCAUAGAAAGCCCCAACAAAGAAGAUGAUACCCAGUGGCUGACCUACUGGGUAGUAUAUGGUGUGUUCAGCAUUGUCGAAUUCUUCUCUGACCUCUUCCUGUCCUGGUUCCCCUUCUACUACAUGUUGAAGUGUGGCUUCCUGCUGUGGUGCAUGGCUCCCAGCCCUGCCAACGGAGCAGACCUGCUCUACAAGCGCAUCAUCCGGCCCUUCUUCCUGAAGCACGAGUCCCAAGUAGACGAUGUGGUGAACGACCUGAAGGACAAAGCCAAAGAGACUGUAGAUGCCUUCGCCAAGGAAGCCAAGAAAGCCACCGUGAAUUUACUGGGUGAGGAGAAGAAGAGCACCUAGACCACUGAUGGCUGGAGCCUGUCUGGCCUCUCUGCACCUCCUAUGGGAGCUUGACACCGGAUUAGGGGCUGUGGUGUAUGAUCGUUUUAAUGAUGUUGCCUUGGAAACAUUUUUGAUAUAUUGAACAAAGGAAUGUGUUGUAAGGUUUUUUGCUUACUUUCACUGUUUAUAUACUUAGGGAGCAUUUACACUUAAUGCAAUGGGCAGUGUCCAAGUUUUCAGAAAAUAUAUUAUGCCUCUGGGCUGGAAAAGACCUAUGUUACUAUCCUGUAGGAAAUAUAAACUUAAAAUUAUAUAUCCCACAGGCUUUGUAUUUCAGUGGGCUCUCUCUGCAUGCGUCUUCUCUGUACUUACCCUGUGCUUACGUUUUAGGAUACUCUUUAAGAGUAAAUGUUUAAAUGUUUUUAAUGUACCUGUGCAUACACACACGUAGGGAAAUGUUACUGUCUGUAGGCUGCAUAUUGCUUAUGGGCAGCACCAGCCAAAGGCUGAAGGUUCCAUUGUGUUGGUGUGAUCUGCUGAAUAGUACUUCAGAAAAUUAAUACAAAUGGGCAGUGUUUCAAAGGAACAGUUAAGUGAUAAAUGAGGCAGAAGGGAGGUUGGCCUGGUGGUUUCCUAACAUUGUAGCAGCUGAAUACCAGAACAGCUUUGUGAGGCAGUCAGCUAAGUGAUAAAUGGGGAAAUGUACACACACAUCACAGUUCCCAAUUCUGUAGAGCUAGUAAUAUUGUCUUGUAGCUUUUUAAAAACUGGCUGAUAAGCUUUGUUGUGGAAACCAUCCCUGGUUUCACUUUCAUAGCUGAGUAACAUGUUGGUUUAGUCUUGUUUCUUUCCUAGUCUUUUUAAAAACCUCUACUUUAAGGAACCUCUAGAGACUCGCCCACCUCUCAUUACAUGUACAUUCUUGUUUAUAUCAUUAGCAACUACAUGCUCAUGGUGACACCAGGCUCUAAGAGCAAUUCUCAGAGAAGUACGAUAUGCUGCACAGUCUAGUUGGUAGUGGGUAAGACAAACACCUUUACCUUCUUUCCCUGGACUUAAAGGUCAAACAGCAGAGGCUUCCCUAGUUUCCAAGUCAGAAUCAUUUGUAGUCCAUCUACAUGCUUUCAUCUAUAUGCUUUGUUUUGAUGAUAAACUAUGAGGUUAUAUGCAGUUUAAGUACAAAAUAAAAAGUUAAAAUUAAUAUUACUAGCUUGAUUAGCCCAAUGGCUUAUAGGGACCUUGACAAUUUGUCCAUACUAGAGAGUCUAAGCUUUGCACUGACCAUACUGCUAGAGUCCUUGUUAGACUAAACUGACUAAAACAAAAGCAUUACAAAACGAAAAACCAGGCCUAUAAAAUAUUUUAAGGCAAAUAAAGAUGAUAGUUCCCUUUUAGAUAACAAUUAGGUAAAGUCAUAAUGAUGUGUCACAGUGUAAAACAAAAAUAUGUCAAAGGUAUCAAAAAUAAGAAACACUAUCACCCCAAUAUAACAAUAUGGAUCAGGGCCUUUUUUGCGGAGAGAAGAAUGUGAUGAUAAUAAAGCACCUUAUUAAGCUUAUGAUAAAACAUAAAAUCUUUCGGAAAGCAAACAGCUACUUGUUAUUGGAAGAAAGUUAAGCCUUAGGUUAAAAAGUUUCAGAAGUACCUCUGCUGCUGCUGCUGCUGCUGCGCCGCUUCAGUCGUGUCCGACCCUGUGUGACCCCAUAGACGGCAGCCCACCAGGGUCCCCUGUCGCUGGGAUUCUCCAGGCAAGAACACUGGAAUGGGUUGCCAUUUCCUUCUCCAGUGCAUGAUGGUGAAAAGUGAAAGUGAAGUCGCUCAGUCAUGUCUGACUCUUAGCAACCCCAUGGACUGCAGCCUACCAGGCUCCUCCAUCCAUGGGAUUUUCCAGGCAAGAGUACUGGAGUGGGGUGCCAUUGCCUCUAGGAGUAUUUAAAUCCCUUUCCCUAUAAAUCAAGUAUGCUUUCUUGGUGGUAAAAGAAUGAAAAUUAGCAACUUCUAGCAUUCAGACUGUAUAAUCAGACUGUUAGUAUACAGAAUAUGUAACUUUUAGUGUACAAAAUAUCAGGCAAGAUGGUGAAGCAUGAAAGUUACCAUUGCUUAUAACUACUUACAGGCUAAUACCAAUUUAGACAAAAAUUUCUGAAUGCAAUUUUUUUUCUUUUUACUAUAGGUUUCUCUUGCAGGACAGUCUGUGAGAAAUUUUAGUUACUCUUUUUGGCAGUCAGCAUGUACAUAUUAAUGACAGGAGAAGCUAUGAGUUGAGCAAUUCUUCUCUCAGUUUAGAUUUCCAAAAAACCAUACUGCUGUGGCUAGAGUAUUUGAAAAACUAAUUGAGCCUGUGUUCAGCUAUAAGACAAGUAUUUAUUUGUACAUGAAUGGUAUUUUGGGGAUAUGUGAAGGCAAAGAAUUCCUACAAGACAGUUACUGCUACCCUGGGGAAUCUUCUACCCACAGCCUGAAGAAUAUGAGCAUAACCUUUAAAUAAGUUACCACCUAUCCUGAAGAUGUGCUAUAUUAAAUGGAAAUAGAUGUAAAUAAAAUUUUGUUAUC